GAUAUUGUGAUAUGUUGGCUACUCUAAAAAACAUAAUAAAUGAGCUUGAAGAUUGUAUCGUUCGUAACAACACGGAAAAGAGAUCUGAAAAGAAAUUUGAAAGAGAGGUUCCAGAAAUCCAAGGAGAAGUGCCAGUCAGUCCUUGGGCAACUAUGGGCAACAGUAUAUUGACCGGAGUUAACCUUGCGGCCUCGAACAUAAAUAACUUGAUUAACGUUGUGGGUACAACUGUUACUGGAGAUCGUCAUGAGAUCGAACUUAAACAAGUUGGUCAAAUUAUAGAAAACAUCAAUAUUGUGAUGACUGAACUUAUAGUAAUAAUUGAUAAAUUUAGUUGUUUCGAUGAGUUUUUUAAAUUAGAAGUCGAAGAUAUUACGAAGGUUAUAGAUAAAUAUGCUGAUGAUGCGGACAAUAUUGUCUUCCGUAUGACGCGGAUGAAGAGUACAGCCAUGAAAAAACAAUGGAGCAAAGUUCACCAGGUUUUUUAUGACUAUGCGAACUCUAUAAAACCAUUAUUGAAAUCAAAAAUUGAUUUAACAAUUGACGUAGUACCGGCACGGGGAAGAAACCGAUCAAUUUCUUCACUUUUUUGA